AUGCACCUGUCGGUAUCUCGGCAACAUGUUCGUGAACUUUCGUAUCUCGAGACUGGACAUCUGGACAAAAUGGCGUCAACGGUGCUGAAGGUGGUCCUGCUCAUUCUGGCGCUGAUAAAUGCCAAGUCGCUGCCUCUUGCAUUCCAUGCCAGGUUCUUUUAUUAUAUGGCCAAACACUUUUAUGUGUUUAAGAGGGUCAAGGCCAAAUCAGUGUUCGAGCCUCGCCAGUAUUCUACUCAUACGCCGCUGAUGGAGAUUGAUUUCAAUCUUCACAAAUCCAAUUCGACCUAUUUUACUGAUCUGGAUAUGGCUCGAACUGACUUGAUGAUGCACGUAUUCAAGGACUAUUUCCUUCAUUAUCAGGACAGCGAGAACAAGACUCGUGACGGCAAGUGGCCCUAUUGCCCUCUCGGCGGAGUGGUCUCGGUGUUCCGCCACGAGAUCAAACCUUAUAGUCCUUACAAGGUGCGAUCGCGUAUCCUAGGUUGGGAUAAUAAGUGGAUUUUUGUCAUUUCUCGGUUCGAGUCUGGCAAGAAGCUACAUGCUAUCGCUCUGUCUAAAUAUGUGUUUAAAAUGCGCCGAAAGACUGUGCCUCCAGAAGAAGUGCUCAAAUUCUGUGGUCUUGCUGACGAAGAGACGCUCAAACAGGGCAAAAUGGACUUUGAUAAGGCCGAGCAUUUCCUCCACCUCGAGAACUUGGAGCAUGAAUCAAUAUAG